AUAAAAAUAACGCAACAAAUGAAAAUAAAUAUUACGAAAUGAAUUAUUUAUGAAGUCGUCGGGUGAGAUAUUAAUUAGUGAAUCAAUGUAGUCGCCUUUCGUUUUGCCGCUAUUCCAGUACGUAGAUCGGAAGUUUUUAAAAAAAUAUACCUGAUCAAAGUGUUGUGUGGGUUUCGAUUAAAUUAAGUUUUUUGAUUGAGUGUUUGUAAAAUGUCGUGCUGGGACAAUUUUCGCACUAGCUUACGAAACUUUGGAACCAGAGUUGGAGCUCUCUUUGAAAGGAAAAAGAAAGAUGUAGAAGCGGAAGCUGAAGCUGUCGGAAGUAAAGUUGAAGAUGUUGCUCAAGACACUCUCAAAGAAACCGGAGAAAUAUUGCAACAAACAAAACAAGAUAUUUCUGACAGUGCCCAAAAAACGAAAUCUUCAAUUGACGCGAAUCUGCAGAGAACUGGACAGGCAAUCGAUAACAAGUUACACGAAACUGGCCAAGCAAUUGGAUCAGCAGUAAAGAACGUUAACCAAGCAGCCGAAGCUAAAAAGAAAGAGUUGGAAAAAGGAGCUCAAGACGUUGGAAAAUCUAUUGACAACAAACUUAAGGAAACCGGAGAGGCUAUCGACAAAUCCGCCAAGAAUGCAGCUGCUGCUGCCGAAGCCAAAAAACAGGAGCUCUCUAAAGGUGUACAGGACUUUGGCAAAUCUGUCGACAACAAAUUAAGAGAAACUGGCCAGGCUAUCGACAAAUCUGUGAAGGAUGCAUCUGACGCUGCUGAAGCCAAACGCAAAGAUCUUGCUCAAGGUGUACAGAAUUUCGGCAAGUCAUUGGACAACAAAAUUCAUCAAACGGAAGAUGUCAUCAGUCAAAAGGCCAAAGAAGCCGCUGACGCCGCCGAAGCUAAACGCCGAGAAGCUGCUCAAGGAUUUCGCGAUUUAGGAUCUGCAGUCAACCAGAAAGCCCACGAUGCAGCUAACGCAACUGUUCAAGGAGCUCAAGCCGUUGGACAAGCUGUCAACCAAAAAGCUCAGGACGCUGGUGAAACUAUUGGUAAAGGCCUUCACAAUGUAGGCGCCGCCGCCGAAGCCCAAAGACAAGCCGCAGCUCAAGGAUUGCGCAACAUAGGGCAGAACGUCAACCAAGGUCUUCACAAUAUCGGUGAUGCUGCUGAAGCCAAAAGACAAGCAGCUGGUCAAGGGUUGUACAAUCUAGGACAAAAUAUCAAUCAGGGUGUACAUAACGCCGGAGAGGCAAUAAGUGAUUCAGCUCGUAGCGCUGCUGAAGCAGCUGAAGCAAAGAGACAAGCUGCCGCACAAGGCUUGCACAACUUUGGUCAGAAUGUAAAUCAGGGUCUACAUAACAUUGGAGAUGCCGCGGAGGCCAAGAGACAAGCCGCCGCUGAGGGAUUACAUAAUUUUGGAUCCAACAUUAAUCAAGGUAUUCACAACGUUGGUUCUGCAGUCGGUGACAAAGCACGCGAAGCUGCAAACGCUGUUGAAGCUCAAAGACAAGGUGCGGCCCAAGGUUUGCACAAUUUUGGACAAAAUGUUAAUCAGGGUCUCAACAACUUUGGAGCUGCUAUUGGCGACAAGACCCGUGAAGCCGCUAACGCCGCUGAGGCACAAAAACAAGCUGCUGCCCAGGGAUUGCACAACUUUGGCCAAAAUAUCAAUCAAGGAAUCCAUAGUGCUGGCGAAACUUUAAGCGAAUCUGCACAAAAAGCUGCCGAAGCCGCAGAAGCUAAACGAAGGGCUGCUGCUGAAGGUUUGCACAAUCUAGGUUCUAACAUCAAUCAAGGCAUUCAUAACGCAGGAGUCGCAAUAAGUGAAUCUGCCCAAAGAGCUGCAGAAGCCGCUGAAGCCAAGAAGAGAACCGCAGCUGAAGGUUUGCACAAUUUGGGUACUAACAUCAACCAGGGUAUACAUAAUGUCGGUGAAUCUUUGAACCAAACUGCUCAAAGUGCUGCAGAGGCAGCCGAAGCUAAAAGAAAGGCGGCAGCUGAAGGUUUAUAUAAUUUAGGUUCAAAUAUUAACCAAGGAAUUCAUAGUGCAGGUGAAACGUUGAGCGAAUCCGCUCAAAAAGCUGCCGAAGCCGCAGAAGCCAAAAGAAAGGCUGCUACUGAAGGAUUACAAAAUUUGGGUGCAAAUAUCAAUCAAGGUUUGCACAAUGCCAGCGCCAAUAUUAAUACUGGUCUUCACAACGCAGGCGCUGUCAUCGCUGACAAGACACGCGAAGCCGCCAAUGCCGCUGAAGCUAAGAGACAAGCUGCCGCUGAAGGUUUACACAAUUUGGGACAGAAUAUAAAUCAAGGGGUUCAUAAUGUUGGAGAAACUAUUAGCGACACAGCUCGCACUGCUGCAGAAGCAGCCGAAGCCAAACGUCAGGCUGCAGCUGAAGGUCUUCACAAUUUAGAAGCCAACAUCGGUCAAGGUCUUCGCAAUGCAAACGCCAACAUUAGCCAUGGUCUUCAUAACGUAGGGGCCACCAUCAGUGACAAGACCCGCGCGGCUGCCGACGCCGCCGAAGCCAAGAGGCAAGCAGCCGCCCAAGGAUUACAAAACGUUGGUCAAUCCAUCAAUCAAAGCAUUCACAAUGCCGGAGAAGCAUUGAGUGAGUCCGCUGAAGCUAAAAAACGUGCUGCUGCCGAAGGAUUACACAACUUGGGUUCCAACAUCAACCAAGGAUUGCAUAACGUGGGCUCCGCUCUCAGCGACAAAGCUCGUGAAGCUGCUAACGCUGCUGAGGCCCAGAAGCAAGCAGCCGCGCAAGGAUUGCACAACUUCGGCCAAAACGUCAGCCAGAAAGCUCAUGAUGCUAGUCAAGCUGUUGAAAGUCAAAAAGCUGCAACUGGUGAUAAACUCAAAGAUGCUGGUGAUUACUUAAGCAAAAAAUCGCACGAUGUCAGCCAAAGCCUGUUGGAUGCCGAACAAGCGACAGAGAACAAAUUGAGGGAAACUAGUCAAUCGAUUGGAAGUGCGAUCGAUAGCAAACUUCAGGAAGCUGGUAGCUUCUUAUCGGGUGCCACCUCUUCCCUACUUAAAGGUCUGGAUGACACCAGCAAAUCAGCGCAUGAAGGCAUCGAUGAAGGAAAAGAUUUCGCGUCUGGCAUUUUCUCCAAAGGAUUGAUACACCAUAAAUAAAAGGUGUGCAGUUCGGAAAACCCAAGAAAAGUAUUACGAGCAGAGAAGGAAAAUCUGAAUUGGAGAAAACAUAUUUUAUAUAAUUGUUCAUAUACUGCAGAAUUUUUGUUAUGUUUUUGCUUGAUUUCUACAGUAUUGUAAAUAGAAUUCUUCUUAGCUGUUUAUGUAAUUACGUAUUUGAUUAAUUUUAUACAAGUAUAUUUUAUGUACAAGGCUUUAAAUAAAAUACUAAACUAUAUUGUAAAGGAUAUAAUUAAUUUAUAUAAGAUAAAAUAUAAAUUUAUAAAACAAUUUA